GAAAUUACCCAGUAGCCGUUGACGGCUCUUUAGGUGACGGAUCGAGUCCAGUAUUACAAUUUUCUUUUACCCCUUUUCCUUUAUUUUUUGGGCCAAAAAAAGAGAAAAGGAUUGCAAUCUCAGGGCUCACCAUACUCAAUGAGCGGACAGCGCAAUGUCAGAGCGCUCUGGGCAAACUGCAAAGGGGAAGGAAGGCAAAACCAAGUAUGCGUCUCUCAACCUGUUUGAUACAUACAAAGGAAAGAGCCUUGAAACACAAAAGCCUGUUGUUCCCCCCCGCCAUGGCCUGCAGUCUCUUGGUAAAGUUGCCUCCGCACGGCGUAUGCCACCACCUGCCAACCUGCCCAGUCUGAAGGCAGAGAACAAAGGCAACGAUCCAAACGUCUCGCUCGUUCCCAAAGACGGCUCAGGAUGGGCAAGCAAACAGGAACAAGCAGCGGACCCAAAGAGUACCGAUGCAUCGCCAGCACCGCUGCCGGAAUUGCAGCAGCCUGUGGCUUCACCGACACCUGCACCGAUCCGCCCGAGAACCCCGCCAGCUUCAGAGCCUCUGGUGCCAGCUUCAACCCAGGCCGCAGGGGCAAGGUCUUGGGCACAGGCCAGUGGUACACAUGGAACACAAGGGGAUGGUGGAAAGGCAUUAAACCAACAGUCGCCAUUCUCUCGCGAGGAAUUUCCCACCCUGCAGGCGGCUGGCGACCAGGACAAAGUUGGCAAAGAACCGGGCACUGCAGAUCAGUGGUAUGGGCCCGUACCAAACCUCCGCCCCCAGAACGUUACAAGUUGGCGGGACGGUGGGGGCCGACCCAUGGCGCCCACCCUGUCUGGGGAGGGGGCAGUGGAGGGUGGCCUUGGUGGGGCUCUGGUGAUGGAUGGGGCAGCUGGGGUCCCCCUUCCAAACUCUCAGUCCCACGGGCCACCUAGGAACCCUCCCGCAGGCAGCCCUGCCUUGCCACUGCCCCAGCCCCCUGUGGGACCUGGGUUCCCGCAAUACAGAGGGAUCAUGCCUCCAUUCAUGUAUCCUCCCUACCUGCCCUUUCCGGGUCCUUAUGGCCCUCAGGGGCCCUACAGGUACCCGGGACCCGGGGAAGGGCCCCCGCCAAGGUUCAGGCAGGCUGUUCCUCAGGGCGGCCAACGUGAAGGAGGUGGAGAGGGGCCGAAGCGACCCUCUAUCCUAAAGCAGGAUGACCUGAAGGAGCUCGACGAGCUGGACCACGACGGAGAUGACGGAUGGGCCGGCGCUCAUGAGGAGAUUGAUUACUCUGCCAAGUUGAAGUUCAGUGAUGAUGAAGGAGAAGAAGAGGGGGAAGAGGAGAGAUCCGAGAGUAAGAAUGAAUUACGUGAGCAGCAGAGGUCCCAGGAUGCUCCCCCUGCAGCCUCUCGCUCUCGAGCCUCGGACAGUGGCGGAGAAUCUCGCCGCACUCCCCCCUCUAAUGCUGACAAUGGUCCGCAACCCCCCUCCAGCAAGCCAGGAUGGGCCGAGGAGGGAGGCCAAGGAGCACCAACAAACUUCCAGGACCGGGCCCAAAACCAGGGUACCUCUCAAGGCCCGGGGAAGGCUCUGCCCGCCCAGCACCAGCCAGCACCAGGAGGCCCCUCUCCAAAUGCCCAGCCUCAGGACAACGAUGAGGAUGAGACUUGGCGCCAGCGCAGGAAGCAGUCUUCCACUGAGAUCUCUGCUGCUGUAGAGCGAGCCCGUCGCCGCCGCGAGGAGGAAGAACGUAGGAUGGAGGAAGAGAGACGUGCAGCCUGUGCAGAGAAGCUGAAGAGGCUGGACGAGAAGCAGCAACAGCAGCUGGGCAGCAACACAGACGGUGGUAGCGAAUGUAAAAGCCCCAGUCUGGAUGGAAACUCUACUGCUGCCACAGAAGGCAGCCCUUGCCCAUCUAUUUCAGCCUCUGCAUCCUCCCCUAACAUCAGCCAGCCUCCAUCCCCCUGUGUUGACCCCGAGGAGCCUCCAUUGCUGCUUGUCCAGCCGGGGUCCAGUCCUGGAAUCAUCGAACGUCAGCGAGCCAGCAGCAACAGCAGCUAUGACUCCAGUGCAGAAGCGCCGCAGUGUCCCCAGCCGGCUGCGUCACAGCCCCUGCAGUCCGCACUGGACGUGCCUUUACCAGAGGAAACCAAGGAAGAGAGCGUUAGCGCCACACACAUUCGUGCUAGUAGUGGAGGUGAAAGAGGAGUCGACCCGGUGAAGAUGGAGAAUAUCGGAGGGGGAGCAAGUCGUCAAGCUGGAGGUCCUCCAGGCCAGGGUUACUCGAAGUACCAGAAGUCUCUUCCACCUCGGUUUCAGAGGCAGCAGCAGGAGCAGCUCCUGAAGCAGCAGCAGCAGUGGCAGCAGCAACAACAACAGCAGCAACAGCAGCAGCAGCAACAGCAGCAACAACAACAACAGCAGCAGCAGCAGCAGCACAGCCAGGCUUCACAAAGCCAGCUGUCACCCCAGCCCCAGCCUCAGCAGGGUCCUUCACCGGGUUCAACACCCCAGCCAGGCCCUGGACCUAAGCAGGGUGGCCCCAUGUAUCAACCCGGCAACAUGGUUCGACCCCCGCCCCUGCCAAUGAAUUUCGACCCUCGCUGGAUGAUGAUGCCCUACAUGGACCCCCGCAUGAUGCAGGGCCGCCCUCCACCUAUGGACUACUAUUCAGCAGGAAUGCACCCGUCUGGGCUUAUUGGGCGUGAACGGUCUGAUUCAGGGGGGUCUGGUUCAGACCCCUUUGAUAGGCAGCAACAGCAUCCAGGGCACCCUCACCGUGGGACCCCCCCUAUGGAUCCUAAGAUGGCCUGGGGGCAGGAGGUAUUCCCUGGUGGAGUAGAGGGCCAUGGAAUAACCUCCCCACUCAGACAGAAGCAGGCAUUGGAGGAGGACGAUGUGGCCAAAGGGCCCAGGAGCGACACUCCUCCUCAUCGCAUUCAAGAGGGUAGAUUGGGACCCAUUCAGCAGCCCAGCUCCACCUCUGGGACAUCCAAUCAGACACCGCCGCUAGUUGGCAAUCAAGUUGGGACCCAGGGCCACCACCCUCAUCACUACAUGAGUGGGCGGGGCAACUACAGCAACUUCCCUGACCAGGGUGCGAGGAUGCAUCCCCACCAACAACAGAGGGCGGAGAGGGGAAAUCAGCAGCACGCCUACACCCACCAGGAAGAAGGACCUCCACGAGGGUCUCAGCAGGGACAGAUAUGGGGAGCCCCUCACCCUCACUAUGAUCGCAACGGCCGUACUGAACAUCCCCCAAUUGAGAGCAACUCUCAUCUCCACCACCAUCACAGCCACCACCCUCAGCAGCCUCACUUCCCUCUCCAUGGCCAUAAGCCAGAGAACAACAGAGACAGGGUUGUUGAGGCGCCUGCUAAGAAGACCGACUCUUCUCCCCCAAUCAACCAACCUUCCCUCUCAUCCUCUUGCUCUUCCUCCUCCUCCUCUGUCAGAGAAGAUGGGAAUGUCAAAGCUGUCAUGCACCAUCACCCGAAUCAGAGAGAGAGUGAAGGGCACAGUCAGGCUGAAAGAGGCAACAGUGGCAGUAACAACCAUGUGAAACAGGAGAAAACCGGCCCAGCAUACACUCCCCAUUCCUCCAUGACCCCUAGCCCAACCCCUGCUCAACAUGGCACUCAAACUCAGCCUCAGCCUCAGCCUCAGCCUCAGCCUCAGCCUCAGCCUCAGCAGCAGCAGCAGCAGCAGCAGCAGCAGCAGCAGCAGCACCACCACCCUCAUGCUAAACCAAACCAAAGAGGGGGGCGGGAACACAAAACGGAGACCCAGUGGGGCCCACGACCUGGAAGCAGCAAUACUGGUGGGGGGUCCUCUCAUGGUAGGAGGGCCAACAAUGCUGGAGGUGGGAACCACUCCCGUGGAGGGGAGGACUCUUUCACUCCAUCGGACCACAAACCCUCCAACCAGACAGGAGGCAGCAAUGCCAACAGGAGGGCCGGCCCAAUUAAGAAGCCGGUGCUGAAAGAGAUGAAGAGAGACGGAGGGGAAGCUGAUGGAGGAGAAAAGAAUAUCUUUAGUAAGGAUAAAGAGAAGGAUAGUAGCCAAACCAGUUCGGUGAAGCAGGAAGGCUCCUCCACCUCCCAGAACACAUCAGCUCCAUCUAAAGAUGAGCCAGCUCAGACAGCCAAACCCAGGAAUGGAGGGAAAGAACGAGGAGGAGAGGAGGAGAGGAGGGGGGGGGGGGGCGGGUCUGGUAGAGGGCCCAAAGAUGGAGAUGCCACUUCUUUAGGAUUUUCAGGUUCUUCCUCCAGGAGGGACAGGGACCGCUCCUUUGAGAGAGGAGGAGGCCCCCCCCACCACCAUGGGGUCCCUGCCAAAGGCAGCAGAGUCAGUCGCGGACGAGGAGGAGAGUUCUACGGCCGUGGCCGUGGUUUCCGUGGCGCUUACACCGCCGCUGCUGGGCCCACUCCCGGCGGUCGGGGCAGAAUGGGUGGCAGGAGCGGCAGAGACUACCGUUCAUCUGUCGGCAGUGGCCACAACCACGAGUCAAAGGGCGAGGGAGCCGGGGGUCGGCACGGUCAGGAUCGGUCCCAGCAUAACCCGGCCCGAGCCAGGAACCGCAGUGAAACCCGAAGCGAAGGCUCAGAGUACGAGGAAAUCCCCAAGAGAAGGAGGGAGAGAGGCUCAGAGACCGGGAGUGAGAGCGGUGCAAGUGACCUCGGCCCCUCUGACAAGGACGAACACCCGAAACCCAGCAAGAAUGGCUCUGACAACGCCAAUGCCACCGGCAGCGUUAACAUGUCAUCUGCACCACCCAGAGGAUCCCAGGCCCGGGUGUUUACACCAAGAGGUGUGCCCUCAAGGAGGGGCAGGGGUGGAGGAGGUGGAGGAGGAAAUAUGUACAGAAGUGGUGGCAAUGUUGGAGGCCCACCAGGGGGACACAGGGGCGGACCCGGCCCCGCCUCUCAGGGUGGGUCCUCCAAGUCAUCAGGCUCAGCCCGAAAGCAACAAGUCCCGCCUCAUACCUCUGGACCCAAAGACUCGGGCAGGGGAGGAAAUGGAGGAGAGAAGAAAGACAAAAUAGCUGAUGCUAGUCAAACUCAAAGUCAGGGGUCCAAUCCCCCUCAGCCGUCUCUGCCCGCUGCACCUCCUGCCAGUUUAUGUUCCACUGAAAAUGGAGGAGUUGUGACGCAGCAAGCUUCGAGCAAUCCUACGCCCAAUCCUACGCCAAACUCCGGAGGGCCAAACGCUCCUCUUCCCACUAACCGUGGGUUCCCUCCCAGCGGGUUUGAGCGCCCACCCAGACGUCGUCGUCAUGGGCGGUCCCAGCACCAGCAGGACAAGCCCCCCCGCUUCCGUAGACUGAAGGAACGAGAAAAUGCAGCGCGCAUCAACGGAGGAGUGGGGGUCAUCGGUGGAGGAAGGCCCUCCUCCCCUUCCCUGAAUUCAGUUCAGGACAGUAACGGAGCACCCACCUCAGCCCCUGUCACAGGCAAUGCCCAAAAUACUAACCACACCACACUAACAACCAACAAUAACAGUGGUGGCGGGCAUCUCGGCAAUGCAAAUAAUCACCAUCAUCACCACUACAACCAGGGCAACGCCGGACAGACGCACCCCCAGCACCACCACAGCCACGGAGCAAAGUCCCCCGACUUCACCAACCAGAACUCGGACCAGGCCAACGAGGAAUGGGAGACUGCCUCCGAGAGCAGCGACUUCACAGAGUUCAGAGACAGGGAGGGAGGAGGAGGGGGCAAGGCCUAUUCUUCUCACCAUCCCCACCACGUGGGAAGGGGUGGAGGGGGAGGUGGUGGCGCGGUCGACCGUGACAUGUCGGGGAAAGAGCCCUUGGCUAAUAAAAGAAGCUUCUCAAGCCAGCGUCCAGGCAUGGAGCGACAGAACCGAAGGGUCAACCAUGGAGGAGGAGGAGGAGGAGGAGGUGGUGGAGGAGGGGGAGGAGGAGGAGGAGGAAGAGGCCCACGAGGGCCGCCCGGUGGCGGCUCCGGUGGUCCCGGAAAUGGAGGAGGCAACCGCGGGGAGAGGCGUGGCAACUGGCCCUCCCCGAAAAAUAGGAAGUGAUGAAAAACAUUUCAGAUGAACCCCACCCACAUUAAAAACACCCUCUUACAUCCUAAUCCCUUUUUGAUAAUUACUUCAUGGCUUAUCUGUUGGCUUCCCUAAACAUAUUAGUGCAUUGAACAGUUCAUGGAGAUGGUAUUUACCUUCACUUCUUCCCCUUAGCAUCAACCCACUAUCUACCGUCCGUUAUUGUAAAUUUCUCCGUUUGUUCCUUCUUGCUCUCCGUUCAGUUGUGCCCCCUCCCUUAUCUUCCCUCAAGAACCUCACCCCAGUUGGAUUUUAACAAGCAUGUGGUUCUGCAAAUGGGAGGUGCACGACGUUUUGACAGACAUUCACACAGAGAUCCACACACACUCACAUAUACAAGCACAAAUCAGACAUCUUUAUGAACACACGGAACACAUGCAGUCAUGUGGGUGCAAAACGAAAAACGGGGGAUUAAAUUGGCAAAAAUGGAUUGGGCAAAUUUUUAUAUUUAUGUACCGGUGUAUAUUUCUACCACACUUUGGCCUUGGGUGGUAUUCAGUAGUGCAGUGCUGCAUUACUUCCCUCACAAAGGGAAAAAGCUGCAGCUUCAUCUUUUAACGUGAACAAUGUACCAUAAGAUGUUUUCUCUUUGUGUCUUUUUUUUGGCCUUGUGUCAGAUGAGUUUCAACCUCUCAGCAAAUGUUAGGGGUGUGGGUAUUUUCUUCUAAAACGCAGGUAAUUAAAAAACCUUUUUAAUAAAUUCCCCAAAUCCCCUUUUUGAUGACUUUUUGGUCUCUUGCAAACUAUGUGUAUGAUUACUGUGAUAGGACCCAUCAAAGUACUACUGCUUAGUGCUCACCUACACUUUGCAUUGAUCACAUUGAUUUGUCUUUAAUAUCAAUGUUUCUGCUGCUUGUUCAGAUAGAUGUGUGAUUUUGUCCCAACCCCUAAAAAGUGGUUGACCUGCUCUGACAUUUCAUUUGGUUGGUCCUUUUUAGGAAAUGAUGGCUUUUUAGCCUCAUCGUAGCAUCCUCCUUAAGUUCUGCAUCAGUUUCCCCAAGUUUUAUUCUCUCAUUUGUGAGUUUUGUUUACCCUUUCAAGACUGUAUUAAUAGCUUAAUGGCUUUAUUUUAACAACCAUUAUUUCCUCAGUGACUACCAUUUGUAUGGAAACACUUUUUUUUUUCUCCGAAGAUGAAAUACCUGUCGAUCUUGUGAGGGGGGAAAACGAGUUAAGUGAAAAUGUAGGUCAUGUUAGAAUUAAGAAAAAAAACUUUGACUUUCAUAAAAGUUGUUUAUGCUUCAAUAGGUAAUUACAUAUAUGUUUUAAUAAGCACUCCUUGUAGUAUAACAAAAAUCAAAUGUUUGCAGGGGUUUUUUUAGGUUUUUUUCGUCUUUGUUUUUUUUGGGCAAGUUAUGUCAUGCAUCAGGACAGGUACUCUGUCUGGGCCCAGAGUACAGACAUAAGGAUGAAUAUUGUACUAAAACACCCCCUCUGUGUACUCUUGUGGAGACUCCUCACACCGAGAAAGGACUAGUACCAAGAGCUCUGAGUCUGACAAAGUACUUUUCAAAGUGUGUGUUCUCGGGAUGGCUGUUCCAGGACAACCAGAAGCCCAAACUAAUAGAUUUCAGGACAAUGCUGCAACCCAGUUUCCAAGAUUUCACUCGCAACAAAUAAUGCAGACCUGGAGUGUUGUGAAAAUAUUUGGAUUGAUGUAGAAUUACACAUGUAAACAUAGUUUGUAUCAUACUUCAAAUACAUAAAAUGGCACACAGACGGAAUCCAACUAAAAUCGAUUUAUACAUCAGCAUCAAUUCUGUCACUGCUGUAAGUUGGGGUGUGUUUGUUUACUGACAACAGUUUGAAGAUGGGAUGUUGUGAGUAGGGCAUUUGAUGAUUUGUGUACGUCGUGUGUGCGUGCUGGUGUGUGUGUGUGUGCUGGUGUGUGUGUGUGUGUGUGGCAUGUGUGCGUUUUCCGGUGUUUGCAUAAUAACUCGGGGGAAGGGGUGGGGGACCAGAGGGGUUUAACAUGAAUGGCAAGCACUUUUCUGCCUUGUUUGCCCACAUGUGAUUUAACCAACAUCAUUAAGACAAUUCUACUGUUUCUUAAAUACAUCCACAUGUAUACGUUCAGCUGUGUUUACAUGUUCAACAUCCAAAUGAAGAACACGCAGUGGAGAACUUCACCCUUUUUUGUGUGUGUGUAAUUUAAUCAUACAUUUUUCUGCAGGCAAGUGAAGUUGGACAUAUUUUAUUUUUCUCACUUCUAGCAUGAACACACACCCAUGGGUGCAGCUUGCCUUGCCUGUUUAUACAUUGAUAGCUGUACACUUAAACUCUGGCUCAAAGAGUCCUUCAUCCCUCCUUUACUCUUAAUGUUGAUGUGUGCAUUAUUUUAUGUACCCAUGUUAAAAGAAAAC